AUGUCUCUUCGUGUAUUGGUUGGAGUGAAGAGGGUAAUCGACUACGCGGUCAAAGUUCGGGUCAGACCGGAUCACCUAGGCGUCGUUACCGAUGGAGUUAAGCAUUCGAUGAAUCCCUUCGACGAAAUCGCCGUCGAAGAAGCGAUUCGGCUCAGAGAAAAGAAACAUGUCAAGGAAAUCAUAGCGGUUUCCUGUGGACCUGCUCAAAGCCAGGAAACGUUACGCCAUGCACUUGCGUUGGGAGUCGACCAAGCGAUUCAUGUACAAGUAAAUCCGAAGGAUUAUGCAAAUAUGGAACCACUGCACGUGGCUAAAAUUUUCAAAAAAAUCGUCGAAGAUCACCGUGUUGACCUAGUAAUGCUGGGCAAGCAGGCGAUUGAUGACGACUGCAAUCAGACCGGACAGCUGCUGGCGGCGUUGCUUGACUGGCCACAGGCUACGCAGAUUUCUGAAGUAUCGAUUGUGAACUCUAAACAGCUCAACGUAUGGAGGGAAAUCGAUGGGGGAAGGGAACUGCUGGAGUGUGAUCUGCCGGCGGUGUUGACUACAGAUCUGCGUCUGAACGAACCUCGAUACGCUACUCUGCCCAAUAUAAUGAAAGCAAAGAAGAAACCCAUAAUUCAGAAAGUGCCUUCGGAUUUUCAAGUGGACAUCAAACCGCAUCAGCAGAUCAUCGAUUUGGUCGAUCCGCCCGCUAGGAAAGGUGGAGAGAUGGUGGCUGUUCCACUAGACUGCUUGGUUUAUUUUCUGUCAUUCUACGCUGCAUGUUACGUCGGCGUUGACGCAGAGGACAUGAAGGAGGCCCGAAUUUUGGCUAGCAAAACCUUACUCAGCAACUAUGCCGUCGAGGGCAAGGAGUUCGUCAUCACCUACCAGGUGUACAACGUCGGCGAGAAGCCGGCACUCAACGUCCGUCUGGUGGACGAAAAUUUUCCUGCUGACCAGUUCGAACUUAUUAAAGGUAUGAUGACGGCGUAUUGGGAACGAAUUCCAGGGGGAGUUAACGUAUCCCAUUCUAUCUUCGUUAAGCCGCUUUUGCGGGGCGAGAUGAACUACAGCGCGGCUGAAAUCACCUACAGCGUUGCCGAUUCGCUCGAAGAAAGAAAAGCGUACAGCACGGCUCCAGAAACCGGCUAUAUUUACCGCCUGAAGGACUAUGAACGCAAAUUCGAGCCGCAUUAUUCAGAUUGGGCUGUGUUUGUACUGAUGAUCACACCUUCCUUGGUACUACCCGCUUUUCUAUGGAUAAAAAGCAGUCGAAAGUAUCAGCUUCUGGCCCAUAGCAAUCACAGGAAGCAGCAUUGA